CUCCGGCGCAGGCGCAGUGUCAUCAGCCCUGUCACACGGGCUCGGAGAGAAGCGGGCUGUCAUGGCGGCGCACGGAGGCGCGGGGAGAGGAGCAGGCUUGUUCCUGGCUUUGGCCUUUGGCGUCACGCUGCUCAAAUUGCUCCUCAUACCGACCUAUCAUUCCACAGAUUUUGAAGUGCACAGAAACUGGCUCGCCGUCACCCACAGCUUACCGGUCUCUCGGUGGUAUUACGAGGCAACGUCUGAGUGGACCUUGGACUACCCUCCCUUCUUUGCUUGGUUCGAAUAUGGGCUUUCGCAUGUUGCUAAAUACUUUGACAAAGAGAUGCUGGUGGUCCAGAAUCUCAAUUAUGCCAGCCAUGCCACUGUUCUCUUCCAGAGGCUCUCAGUCAUCUUUUCAGAUGUGCUCUUUAUCUACGCCGUUCGUGAGUGCUGCAGGUGUAUUAAUGGGAAGCGAGGUGGAAAAGAACCUCUGGAAACCUCUCCAUUUGUUCUUGCAGUUCUUCUCUUAUGGAACUUUGGCCUCUUAAUUGUGGACCAUAUUCACUUUCAGUACAAUGGCUUCCUGUCCGGCUUCAUGCUGCUUUCUAUUGCUCGUGUAUUCCAGAAAAGGCACUUGACAGGAGCGUUCCUCUUCGCCAUCCUCCUGCACUUCAAGCACAUCUACCUCUACAUCGCCCCGGCUUAUGGCGUGUACCUGCUUCGAUCCUAUUGCUUCACUGCAAACAAUCCAGACGGAUCCCUCCGAUGGCGCAGUUUCAGCUUUCUUCGUCUGGUUGCCCUGGGAUUAAUUGUCUGCCUUGUAUCUGCACUUUCACUGGGACCUUUCAUUGCCUGGGGCCAGCUUCCUCAGGUCCUCUCCCGCCUUUUUCCUUUCAAGAGAGGCCUCUGCCAUGCAUACUGGGCUCCUAACUUCUGGGCAAUGUACAACGCUCUGGACAAAGCUCUUUCUGUGAUUGGUCUGAAAUACAAGUUCCUCGAUCCUGCAAAGAUGCCCAAGGCGGCCAUGACGGGAGGGCUGGUCCAAGAAUUUCAGCAUGCUGUCCUUCCUUCAGUGACUCCAGUGGUCAGCUUGGCUUGUACUGCCAUCUCUAUGCUGCCCUCUGUUUUCUGUCUUUGGUUUAAACCCCAAGGGCCCAGAGGCUUCCUACGAUGCCUGGUUCUCUGUGCGCUGAGCUCCUUCAUGUUUGGGUGGCAUGUCCAUGAGAAGGCCAUACUCCUUGCCAUUCUUCCUUUGAGCUUGCUGGCUGUAGAACGGCAAAGAGAUGCUGGCAUCUAUCUGGUUCUGUCUACUACAGGGCAUCUUUCCCUCUUCCCCCUGCUGUUCACAGCACCCGAACUGCCAAUUAAAAUCUUCCUCAUGCUGCUGUUCACUGUGUACAGCUUCUCCGCGCUGAAGGCCAUCUUCAGGAGAGAAGGGCCUCUGAUUAACUGGCUGGAAACUAUCUACCUCAUUGGACUAAUACCUCUGGAAAUCGUCUGUGAAAUCGUGUUUCCUUUCACCACCUGGAUGUUAAAAUUUCCCUUCCUCCCUUUAUUGCUUACUUCUGUAUAUUGUGCUGUAGGCAUCACGUAUGCUUGGUUCAAACUCUACAUCUCUGUCUUCACGGGACCAUCAGUUGUAAGACAAAAGGAAGAAUAAAGAUGUUUACAGUGGACCAAGUUCACAGAGAUGGUUCCAGAAAAUUAACCAGUACUGAAUGGUGGCUGUUCUUGGGACAUAAUACCUUAAGUGUAUUUAAGUACUUACAGUAUAUUAAAGUCAUCUAGUGGUGCCAUCUUCUUCAGAAAUAGCUCCUGUUUCCUUAAGAACUCUGAAGCACGGCAGUAGUUGGCAAAUACUCUUAAGCAGGAUAAAUUUCCAGUUUGAGAGAAGAAGCUUCUUGUUUGUAAAAGGACUUUUAAAUUAGAUUUUGUGUAAUGGAAUUGGAGUUUCCUUAACCUUUGGGUUGAGCUGAAGCAAAUACUGGCUAUUUUACUGGAGCUGCCUUUGCUUGUCACCUGUAAGCUGUCCUUGUGUUAAAGGAUCACUGCUCUCCAGAAAAGAAAUUUAAUUACAAUCAUGCAUGGUGAAAGAUGGAAAUAAAAGUACUCUUUUUAUA